AAUCAGAUAAUCAUAGAUAGGACGUAGAUUCAAACAUACGUAUUCAACAUGAAGGGAGUUGUUAAAGACAUCAAUGCAGAAUGACAACAGCAGCGGUAGAAGAGCUUGUGACCCUCAUAGAGACCUCGAGAGAUGGACUUGAUGACGACGUAGAAGCGCUCACACGCGUGUUAAACACCGCUUUGGUUCCCGGAGAAUGUGUGAGCAACACGGAAAUCUGUAGCGGAAAAUUUUCCGGAGCAUGUGUGACCAAUACGGAAAUGUGCAGCGGGAAAAUUUCCGGAGAAUGUGUUACCAAAACAGACAACUGUAUCUGUAUCGAGGAAUUAAAUUCUAAACUGCAAGAAAAAAUUGGAUUGUUCUUGAAUAAGGAUUUAAUUCAGUCUAGACUAGUUCAACUGGUCAUCAUAACACAACUCCUGCAGAAAUCAGAACAGGGUAAUCCAUCUACUGACGACAUACAAGAGAUAUAUUCCUUGCUGAUAAGGAUGCUGCAUUUACUGGAACAGCGCCUCUCGCCACAAGUCAACCUAAGGGAAGUAAUUCAGAAUUAUGUCCCUUGUAACUACGACCCAGAUGUUAUGCUGAGAGAGGCUAAGCUUCACAUUGGACAAAGUACUCUCAGGUACAUUCUGAUGAUAAAGAUCAGAGAAAUGUUGACUAAAUGGAGAGCAAACAUUUGGUUCUGUGAACUGCAGGCAACAUAGUUAUUUAAACCAGCAAUAAAAUUACUGAGUUUUGGUGUUAACAAUAAAACGGGUUGCUUGUACUAUCUUGGGAUUGUGAAAAAUUUAUUUUGUGUAACUCUAUUACAGUAGAAGCUUUUCUU